UGUGUGCGAGUCCGACGUGACACACAAGUGACCAGUCGCGGCUUCAUAGCAGAACUGGGGUGGACAGCUUUCUCUAUUAAGUGAUUCCAAGAUGUUAUUCAGACUCGUGACCACAGCACUAGCCCUGUGCCCGAAAGGUAUCUACGGCAAAGCUUUUAACUCGUUGGUGGGACCAUACAUAGCCUACACUGAACAGUUUUCCUUGUGUGAUCCCGACCCCAACCACCCGAUUGCAUGGAAAUGGUACUUGCGUUCCACUCACUUCAAUCCAUUUAAGCCAAAAGAAUUACAACUCGUUACUGGCAACAUUACCGGAUUAAUAGAUAUUGGUGAUGACUAUGGGGGCGUAGCGAUUUUGGAUAUCCGGUCAAAUAACCAAUGGAAGGAAAACGCCUUCGUAUUCUCUUACAAAAAGAAUGUAUGUCGUGCGAUAAGAGACAACAUCCCGGGAUUUACCAGCGUUUUUUUCAAGAUAAAACCUACCGGGCCGUGCAUCUUCAAACGUGGAUUUUACGAGGUCAAUAACGCCCCAAUAGAUUGGACUUUCCCGAAUGUCCCCGUCAUGCCUUACGGACACUACAGGUUCAAAUUGAUGAUGUCUAAGGCUGGACAAUAUGACACUUGCUAUGUGGCAGAGUGCAGGAUUAUCCCUAAAUUGGAGUGACGGCGCAAUGCUUAUCAGUGCAACACUGCACGUAUUACAAUUACACACCACGUCCAAAUAUAUGGUAAAAAAAAA